AUGCAUCACGCUGCUGCUCCAUUCACCUCGGAUUGCCCGAUCCCCGUGCAUUAUUAUGCCAAUGAACUCAAUCGAUUCGUUCAAGAGAUAGUCCCAGAUGCCACCCAGGAACAAAUGAAAACAAUCGAAUCGAUUGCAAUUAAUGUAAAGGCGAGUCAUGAGUAUUCUCAACAGAAGUUGAGUUCCCAAAUCAACGAAUUCGAGGAAAAAAUGAAACAAAAAGAGAUUGAAAAUGAGGAGCUGAAAGCAAAACUAAUUCGUCUAGAAAAAAAAUUCGAGCACAUGAAAAUGGAAAAGGAUCUUUACGAGUACAAUGCGGUUUGUAAUGAUCAAUAUGAGAAUUACAUAACCCAAUUGAAAAAGGACUUCAAAGAGCAAAUGGAGAGGGAGAGGGACAACUUCCUACGUACGUGCUCCAAUGCGUCUGAAAAAAUCAACGAGCUGGAAAACCAAGUGGCUCAACUCAGAAUCAAUCAGUGCGCGGUGAACAACAUUGAUCUGUUGAAUGAACGCCGUGAUGUCUCCGCCCAUCAACGUCCGUUGUUCGUGAUGCACCCCGAUCAUCACUCGUCGAUUCUCGUUAUUGUCGACACCAAUGAAACCGUCACUCCCUGCCAUGCCAUUGACACCAUCGCCACCACCGACACCAUCGUCACCAUUUCCACCACCAACUGUGGUCCCUUCAUUGAAGAAUAG